AUGGCGUGGGAUCAUCUGGACAUUGAUCGGCCGCAUUUGGCUUACAUGAUCCUAGGAGGUUUCACAGGCCUGUUCAUGCUAUGCUCUUUGUUUGUCAAGGAGAAGCUAUACAUCGGUGAAGCCACCGUAGCCACCCUCUGUGGUAUCAUUUUCGGCCCCCAUGCGGCCAACCUAUUCAAUCCGCACGAAUGGGGAAAUAUCGACAAGAUCACCCUCGAGUGCUCGCGAAUCGUCCUGGUCGUGCAAUGUUUUGCCGUCGGCGUAGAAUUGCCCAAGGCCUACAUGGAGCGUCAUUGGAAGUCUGUUUCCUUGCUGCUGAUCCCCGUCAUGACCUGGGGUUGGCUAAUCACUAGUUUGUUCAUCUGGUGGAUGGUACCUCCACUGAACUGGCUGGAAGCUCUGGUAUGUUCUGCCUGUGUGACGGCUACCGAUCCUGUCUUGGCAUCGUCGGUCGUUGGUAAAGGAAAGUUUGCCAAGCGUGUCCCCAAGCAUUUGCGUGACUUGUUGUCUGCGGAGUCCGGGUGUAACGAUGGCAUGGCUUUCCCAUUCAUCUAUCUGGCCUUCUACAUCUAUCACUAUCGCCCUAAUGUCGGUGAGGUGUGGCUGAACUGGUUCUGUAUCACCGUUCUGUAUGAGUGUAUUUUAGGUGCUAUUUUCGGCUUCACCAUCGGCUACAUUGCUCGCCAUGCUAUCAAGUGGGCUGAGCGCAAGGGAUUGAUCGAUCGGGAGAGUUUCUUGGUGUUCUACUUUGUGCUGGCUGUCUUCUGUGCUGGCUCAGGUGCUUUGCUGGGCAUGGACGAUCUGCUGAUUGGAUUUGCUUGUGGUGUUGGGUUCAGUAACGAUGGUUGGUUUACGGAGAAGACAGAGGAAUCUCAUGUCUCCAACGUUAUCGAUCUUCUCCUUAACUUGGCAUAUUUUGUCUACUUUGGAUCCAUCAUUCCCUGGGAGGACUUCAACUCCCCCGAGCUGGGCCUUACUCCUUGGCGGCUGGUGGUGAUUGCGAUAUUGGUCCUCUUUUUCCGACGUAUCCCUAUCAUGCUAAUGCUCAAGCCGAUAAUACCGGACGUCAAAACCUGGCGAGAAGCGUUAUUCGCAGGGCAUUUCGGUCCUAUCGGUGUCGGUGCCAUUUUUGCCGCCAUGCUCGCUCGAGCAGAGCUGGAGCACGACAACACACAACCGUCACCUGAAAACGAGCUCCCACAGCCCGGAAGCAGCAAUUACUAUGUUGUCAGGCUGAUUUGGCCUAUCACUACAUUCAUGGUCAUCACGUCCAUUCUGGUGCAUGGCUCGUCUAUUGCAGUCUUCACUCUAGGUAAACGCAUCAACACCUUGACUAUCACCCUAUCCUACACACAGGCCAACGAGGAUGGACCUUCAUGGAUGAACCGUCUGCCCCGUGUGCAGUCAAUUGCCAAGGGGUCCAUGUCAUUCCGUAAGACGGAUGAUACGGAUGCCUCAUCGGACGAAAAGCUUCCUGAGUAUCCUCCUGGUACCUUACCGCCCAUCGGCAUGCCUGGCAACUUCCUCCGCCGGCAACGCGAUGAGGAGGGAGAUAGUGAGUCACAAAGCCUCGAGUCUUCGCGUCGCAAGCCGUUGCGGAGACGUCGCCGUAAGCACGCUGCCGGUGGCGGAGGCCCAAUUAGCCAGUCUGCUAUUAUGCCCGCUCCUCGGCGAACCGAGGGCGGGGCCGAGACCGAAGAAGAAAAGAAAGAACUCGAAGAGCGCGACCAGGUUGAGCGUGAAGCUUCUCCACCUCAUGCCGAGCGGGAUCGCUUCGGCCGUGAGCCACAGCUCGAGGUUUAUCAAGAGGGCCAUAACAUGAUCAUCGAGGAUGAAGAGGGCAAUGUUCUCGCGACUGAGGAUACCUCUCAUUUGUCUCCGGAAGAGAAGAUCGCGCACAUUGAAGCGCAACGCAAGCGUCUGGAAAAUGAUAAAUCAGGAGAGUUCGCAGCCUCUCAGAGUCAACCUCACGCGAAGACCGAGGGAGAGGAAGUCAAGCACGCUGUUGAGGAUAAAGCUGGUACGUCAUAUGGAAAGGCUUUCAAGAAGUGGUCCAACUGGACCGGACUUGGAAAGCAUCGGGGUACAGAUCAGCCAGUGGAUGGAGAGAAGCCCGACAAGGCAGAAAAGCCCCCGAAGGCCGACUCAGCAAAGCCCAAACCUCGUUCCGCUCAUGCAUACCAAUUCGGCAAUACUAUUAUUGUUGAGGAUGAGGAUGGUGAGGUGAUCAAGAAGUAUACCCUUCCCGACAGCAAGAAGGCCGAGAAGGGCGAAAAGGCCCAGAAGGAGCCCACAGUUCCUGGUGAAGCACCUGUCCGACGUGGUCUGACGCGCAUGGGAACCUGGUUCGGCAUGGAGGAAGAAGGCGAAUCCUCCCAGGCUGCCCAGGGUAAGAAGAAGGAUGACGAUUGGACCGCCGACGACGGCAUUCGAUUCACUUUGGCCCAGGACCCCAAAGUCGACUCUCAAGGCAUCGGCCACAAGGGCCGACGCAUGAACAAGCAAGAAUUCUUCGAGCAAAUGAAGGGUCUGGACGCCAAGGCCCGCCGGGAUCUGGUGCAGCAAACCGACGCACCGGCACCAGUUCAAGAAAUGGCCCAGCACGAAGCCAAGGUAGAAGCAAAUACCGAGAGAAAGCGAGAGCGCCGCCUUUCCGCUGCCGCUGCCGCUGCCACCGCUGGCACCAGCGCCAUCCUCGAAGAAGACACCGAAGCUAUGGAGUCCGAGUCCGUCACCGAUAGCGACGUCAGUGACGACGAGCCUGGCGCCCAACACGGUUCCCCUAACGUGGCCGCUUCACUGGCCAAGUUCUCGCGUCGCGGUGGUCCAUCCGCCGCCCAAGUACGCCGCAACAACCUCAGCCCUGCACCACCCCAUACCCGGGACCGUUCUCGCCGCGAUUCCGACGACGAUGGUACAGAGCGUAUCCCACCAUCGCGUCUCCGUCAAGCCGCUGGUCUGAGCGCGCCCCCGCGCCAGGUUGACGAUGACACAGGCGAGACUCCAGCCGAGCGUCGCCGUCGUCUGGCCGCGCUGGGCGUGGAAGGUGACGAUUCUGAGAACGAUGAUGGUUCGGAGUCGGAUGAUAAUGACAAUGUCAUUAUGGAAGAAGACUCGGACAUUGAGGAUAACGCGAAUGGCGAGUCUAGCAAGAACCACAUGCCAUCUGAUGAGUCUCCUCCAUCUGGAUCUGGAUCCGGUUCCGGCUCUGGGUCCCAGUCUACUUCCCGACAAAUCCCGCGCGUUUCCUGGGGAGGCGAGAAGGGACGUGAUAUUUAA